ACUACGUUUCAUACUUUGCCCUCGUUUCUGUGUGAAAAUUAAUUUUACAUGUAUUUAAGAUAAUCCUUUUAAAAAAUGUAAUUAACAUAUUAAUGCGUAAAAUAGCAAAUAUAUGUUGAAUACCUUUAAUUAUUUGACUUUAGUCUUAGAUAACUAACGUACAAACCAAUAUUGACUACAUUACCUACAAUUCUACUGACUCUGACGUUACUCAUUUCUGACCAAUGACCGAGCGCGCUCGUACCGUGACGAGCAGCGCAGCAGAUUUGAAUUUUGUGUGUUGUUGUGUCAAGACAUUUGAAUGCGGAGCCGAAAAGACGAUUUGACUGCAGUUGUCGAAAGAAGAGUUUAUAGUUUAAUCCUUCAGGUUGGAGCCUUCGUCCUUCAAAGGAGAAGUUGCAGAGAGAUGGACCGUCGAGCGAACACCGAUGUGAUUUCUCUGCUCGAUGAGAAGUUUGAUUUUGAUGUUUCUCUGUCACCUGAAAGCUCCAGAGGUGAAGAUGAGGAUGAUGUGUUUCUGGAACCAUCGAGCCAAGGGGUCGAGGGUGCGCCUGUUAAUUUGGUCUCCCGCCUCGAGGAAGUCACUGUUAGCGUGCGGACGAGCUGGAGUCCGCUCUCUGGAGACCAGCUGGACGCAGUGUGCCAAGAAGCUCACAGAUUGGCUGACCAACUUCAGAGCAGCAAGCUCCAGAAGCCCACUGGCGUGGACAAAGUUGUCACUUCCACAGACGGGGAGCACUUCAUCCAGGGCACUGAGGCCAAACUGGGCGUGCUCGCUCAGCACCUCAGCAUGUGCAGCCCAGUCAAGCGUCAGACCUUCCUGGUGCAGGACAGUCCCAUGAAGGACCUGCCCCCCGCCAUCCAGCGCCGCCUGCAGAGAGGGAGCAGCACCGCUUCCUCGGGCCGCCCGGCACACUCAACCACCCCGUCCACUCGCCUCUCCACCAGACUCAGCACCUGCAGCCCGGCCAGCGCUGCCAAGACCAGGACGGCGCUCCGAGGCAAAGCCAUGCUGGGCGCUGUUCUGCCCAGCAAACUGGCCGCACCCAAGACCUCCUGUUCAGCCAGCAAGAGUGCAGCAGAGAGAAGCCAAAUACAACCAAUCAGCAAAAUGGCACCUGCUCGAAAACUGAGCCCAAGUCCUGGUCCUACUUAUAGGGCGCAGUCGUGUGAGGAUCUGCAGUCAGAUUCGGCAAGCGUUGCCUCUGAUGUCAGCGACUCCUCACUCAACUCCAGCAUUGUAGGAAAGCGAACACUAGCCCUGCCCACAAAGGUCGUGAGAAACCAGUCAGGCUUGAAGGCUCCGCCUCUUCAGAACAGGAGGGUGACAGAAAAAAGUAACACGUCCUCGUCCUCAUCGUCUGUGUCCAGCUUCAACUCCAGUACGUCCCUGUCGCCGGCCAAAGGUAAGCUGAACUCCUCUUUGAACCGCAAUCUCAGCACCUCCACCGGCAACGUCAGCCGGCCUGUCAAUCAAGCCAAGCGCCGCUCGGGCCUCGGUGUCGCAGCGGAUCCUUCUUCUUCCACCACGAGCCGCCGCACGUUGUCCAGCCAGGCCAGGAGGACAUCUGAGGCGGAGCACGUCAAGGCAGCUAGGUCCACGCCUCAAAGGAAGGCUGAGACCACGGCUCCCCAGCCAUUGUCUUCCAUGAGAACGUUGGAGAAGACCAAGUCUGUCCCCACUGUCCCGGCCGCCUCAGCUCGGAUUCAAAGUAGACCCAAGGAGAAACCCAAACCUCAAGCUUCGGCCCCGCCCACACCCAGCAGAGGACCGAGAGGUGUUUCGUCUCCAGAUGUCUCAAAGGUGCUGAAACCAAAGAGGCUCAUUUCAGUGGCCAGUAUGGACAGUCUUCCUGAAAAGGCGUUCGCAGGCCCCCUCACUCCCCCUGCUGGAGGUAGCGGGUCACCACAGUUGAAGCAGCAGCGUCCCUCCGCCCUCCCGACUCCCCUGAAACGCAGGAUGUCCGCCAUCGCCAUGGUGACACCCACCAACCAUGGUAGAAUCACAAGAACGCCGGCCGCCUCCAACUCGGGCUACACCUCCAGGAGCAGCGGCAGUGCCGCCCACACUGAUUCUAUCAGGGCGGACCCUGUUGACAUCCAGUGCUUCUCUCUGGAGGAGGAGGAGCCUCCUGCUGACCCACUUGCCACAGACCCACGCGCCAACCAGACUGAGGUGUCGGCUCAUAGCCAAUCAGAGCUCAGCAAAGAGCUGAUCGAGCUGGAGACCCACAAACUGAUACCAGAGGUUCUCCUCCUAGACCUUCCUGCGCCAACUCUGCAGCCUCACGAGAAACUGCUCAUCGACCUGAGCAACACCCCCGACCUCAUCAGGACCGGCGGCAAGUGCAGCACCUCCACGCAGUUGAUCGAUUUGAGCUCCCCGCUCAUCAAGUGGAGUCCGGAAGACAAGAAGGAGAAUAACGCCCCCCUCAUCAACCUGUCCUUCUGAACUGGACAUCCCUUAACCCCCUGACCCCUGAGGACUUGGACCAGGACUCUAAUGGCCUCACUGACAGUGAAGUGUUUUAUGUUAAAUCUGUUUGUUUGAUGAAAACAUGGAAUGGUUCCUGACUUGAUUUGUCUUUUUUUUAUCAUCUGUUGCUGCUCUUAUU